AUGGUGCAGGGUGGAAAUAAAACUCGCAGGACUACAAGGAAGGGUGUUGCUACACGGGAAUACACUAUUCAUCUGCACAAGCGAAUCCAUGGCAUUGGUUUCAAGAAGCGUGCUCCCAGGGCGAUCAAGGAGAUAAAAAAGUUCGCGAAAAAGAUGAUGGGCACUGAGGACGUCCGCAUUGGUGUUCGUCUUAAUGAGUUUAUUUGGUCGAAGGGCGUACGCAAUGUCCCAUAUCGUGUUCGCGUACGACUGGCUCGCAAGACCAACGAGGACGAGGAUAGUCCACACAAAUUCUACACCUUGGUCACUUAUGUUCCCUGCACGGACUUUAAAGGCAAGCAGAUCAUCAAUGUGGAAUCAGCCGAGUAG